AUGCCGCACGUUAGCUCCGAUGAGGAAAUAGCAGCAACGAUGGAGCUCCAUUCCUUAGAAUGGUGCCCCAUGGCCACGAAGGCCGUCAUAAGUAAAGGGGCUGCUAAACGAAGGAGACUAGAGCUAGUUGGUAGAAGCGACGAAGCUCAGCACUAUUACAUUCCUGGUAAGUGCACAAUAACAAUAAGAUUUUCUACCAGUGAAAAGACACGUCGUGUGCAGAGCCAUCCCAAUCAAACCUACGCUUCACUCCAGUGUCAAAAUCCUCGUCUUCGCGCAAGUACUCUGUUAGCUGGCUAA